AUGGCGUCAUUGUCGAUACCUUACGCCAAGAUCUGUGCUUCGAACCGGCGGGUCGGAUCUAUUCCUGGAAUCUCGACUCAACCAUGGCAGCCGCAACAACCCAAUGGAAUCUCUUUUCCCUCCGAUGCAUCUCAGAGUCAAUCUUCACUCUGGAGAUUGCGUGCGACAGCCAAUGAGGUUAUCUCCAACUCUACCCCAAAGCCUAAUGGUGGUUAUAUGAACGGAAAAGUGAAGACCAAUGUUGCUGAACCCGCCGAGCUCUCUGACUUUAUGGCUAAAGUCUCAAGUCUUCUUAAGCUUGUGGAUUCAAGAGACAUAGUGGAACUUGAACUGAAGCAGCUUGACUGUGAGAUUGUUAUUCGAAAGAAGGAAGCUUUACAGCAACAAGCUGCACCACCAGCUCCAGUGUAUCACUCAAUGCCUCCUCCAAUGGCUGGCUUCCAAAUGCCGCCUCCAUCUCAACAAGUGGCUCCUCCUGCUCCCUCCUCAGCCCCUGCAGCAGCAAAGCCAGCAGCCGCUCCGUCCUCGUCUCAUCCUCCACUCAAGAGUCCUAUGGCUGGUACUUUCUACCGAUCUCCUGGACCCGGUGAACCGCCUUUUGUCAAGGUUGGAGAUAAGGUGCAGAAGGGUCAAAUUGUUUGCAUUAUCGAAGCAAUGAAACUUAUGAACGAGAUUGAGGCUGAGAAGUCAGGAACCAUCACUGAAUUGCUGGCUGAAGAUGGAAAACCGGUCAGCGUUGACACGUCUCUGUUUCUCAUCGUACCUUGA